AGAAAAGGAAAAUAAACAGAAGGGAAAACCCGCCAUGGUCCAGUCCCCUUCUCACCCACAAUGCAUUCCCGGCUAAGAGUUUUUCUUACACGCGCCGCCAGAAAACACGGCGUUCUCUCCUCCUAUUCAGUUUUCUCGAAGCCGAGGAUUGUAAUUAGCGGCAGCUCUACUAGUACUGCUAACGCUGUCCAAAAUACUCGUUGUUUUCAGCCGCAGGAUUUCACUUAUUACUCUGCUGUAGUUCGACGUGGGUUCUGUAGCUACGCCGUCGAGAAAUUCUCCGACGACGAGUAUGAAUGCGAUUACGAGAACAAUCCGGCCUCAUCAUCUGUUGCGAAUAUCGAUGAGUGGAAAUGGAAACUUAGCAUGUUGUUACGAAAUGAUAAGGAUCAAGAAAUAGUGUCUAAAGAUAAAAGGGACCGGAGAGACUUUGAACAGAUAUCCGGCCUAGCCAAACGGAUGGGGCUCCACUGUGAAAUAUAUGGGAAAGUUGUCGUUGCUAGCAAAGUUCCUCUCCCCAACUACAGACCUGACCUGGAUGAUAAGCGGCCUCAAAGGGAGGUUGUAAUUCCGCUGAGCUUGCAAAGAAGGGUGGAGGGUUUGCUCCAGGAACAUCUUGAUAGAACAGUCCUGAAUGCUGAAAAAGGAGGAGACACUUUAAGCGAAACAGAGAGCACCAAUCAGCUUCAGAAUGUAGAUAGUGUCGAAGAUGCAGAUUCUUUCCUUGAUGGUUCUGUCAUGGAGAAAGUUCUGCAGAGGCGGAGCUUGCGUAUGCGUAACAUGCAGAGAACUUGGCAGGAAUCACCUGAAGGGAGGAGGUUGCUCGAUUUUAGGAGGUCUCUCCCUUCAUCCAGGGAGAAGGAAAGGCUCCUUCAAGCAAUUGCGAGGAACCAGGUUGUGGUGAUUUCUGGGGAGACUGGAUGUGGUAAAACCACUCAACUUCCCCAAUAUAUUUUGGAGUCUGAAAUAGAAUCUGGUCGGGGAGCAUUUUGUAACAUAAUCUGUACGCAGCCUCGAAGAAUAUCCGCCAUGUCUGUUGCAGAAAGAGUUUCUGCAGAGAGGGGUGAGCCUCUUGGUGAAUCAAUUGGAUAUAAAGUACGAUUGGAGGGAAUGAAAGGCAAGAACACACAUUUGCUUUUCUGCACAAGUGGAAUUUUGCUCCGUAGGCUGUUGAGUGAUAGAAACCUGAAUGGUGUCACUCAUGUUUUUGUUGAUGAAAUUCACGAGCGGGGCAUGAAUGAAGACUUCUUGUUGAUUGUCUUGAAGGAUCUUCUUCCACGUCGGCGGGAUUUGAGAUUGAUCUUGAUGAGUGCCACUCUGAAUGCUGAUUUGUUUUCUAAUUAUUUUUCUGGAGCACCAAUGAUUCACAUUCCUGGCUUCACGUAUCCCGUAAGAGCCCAUUUUCUAGAAGAUAUUCUGGAAAUGACCGGAUAUAAAUUGACUUCAUUUAAUCAAAUAGAUGAUUAUGGCCAAGAGAAGUUGUGGAAAACACAGAAGCAACUAGCACCGCGGAAAAGAAAGAAUCAAAUCACUACUCUUGUUGAGGAAGCUCUGAGUAAAUCAAAUUUGGAGAAUUAUAGCUCUAAGGUACACGAGUCGUUGACUUGUUGGACACCUGAUUCUAUUGGAUUCAACCUACUCGAGGCUGUAUUAUGCCACAUAUGUCGCAAAGAACGACCCGGUGCUGUGUUAGUAUUUAUGACUGGAUGGGAGGAUAUUAGUUGCUUGAGGGAUCAAAUAAAAGCUCACCCUCUUUUAGGGGACCCUAAUAGGGUUCUUCUGCUUACAUGCCAUGGCUCGAUGGCAACCGCUGAACAGAAACUCAUAUUUGAGAAACCACCUCCUAAUGUUCGCAAAAUAAUACUUGCCACAAAUAUGGCCGAGGCAAGUAUUACAAUCAACGACGUAGUUUUUGUUGUUGACUGCGGAAAAGCAAAGGAAACCACUUACGAUGCUCUAAACAACACACCAUGUUUGUUACCUUCAUGGAUAUCCCAAGCUUCUGCUCGGCAAAGGAGGGGUAGGGCGGGGCGUGUGCAGCCAGGGGAGUGCUACCAUUUAUAUCCGCAAUGUGUUUAUGAAGCUUUUGCUGAAUAUCAACUUCCCGAGCUUUUAAGAACUCCGUUAAACUCUCUCUGUUUGCAAAUCAAAAGCUUACAAGUCGGAAGUAUUGGAGAUUUUCUCUCUGCUGCUCUUCAGCCCCCUGAACCAUUGGCUGUGCAAAAUGCCGUUGAUUUUUUGAAGAUGAUUGGUGCAUUAGAUGAACAUGAGAAUCUUACAUAUCUUGGAAAGUUUUUAUCCGUGCUUCCAGUGGAUCCUAAGCUGGGGAAAAUGCUAAUCAUGGGUGCUAUUUUUCGUUGCUUUGACCCUAUCUUGACUAUUGUGGCUGGUCUCAGUGUCAGGGAUCCUUUUCUUUUGCCCCAAGAUAAAAAGGACUUAGCUGGGACAGCCAAGUCGAGAUUCUCGGCAAAGGACUACAGCGAUCACAUGGCUCUUGUGCGUGCGUACGAAGGAUGGAAAGAUGCAGAGAGAGAAGGAUCUGCGUAUGAAUAUUGCUGGAGAAAUUUUCUCUCUCUACAAACUCUUCAGGCUAUCCAUUCUCUCCGUAAGCAGUUUACCUACAUUUUGAGAGAUGGUGGAUUGCUAGACAUGGAUGGAGCUACCCAUAAUAAAUUAAGUCACAAUCAACCGUUGGUUCGUGCCGUUAUAUGUUCCGGUCUAUUUCCCGGUAUCGCUUCUGUAGUGCAUAGGGAAACUUCAAUGUCUUUCAAAACAAUGGACGAUGGGCAAGUCAUGCUAUAUGCGAAUUCAGUGAAUGCACGUUACCAAACAAUACAAUACCCUUGGUUGGUAUUUGGCGAGAAGGUGAAAGUCAAUACCGUGUUCAUACGCGACUCGACUGGCGUAUCUGAUUCCAUUUUGAUCCUCUUUGGCGGUAAACUUGACUAUGCUGCUGCUAUGGCUGGAAAUAUAAAAAUGUUGGGAGGGAUAUUUGGUUUUUUUCAGGGCCCCGAUUUUGGCAGGGUCGUUUAUAAAGAAAAAAAAAGAUUCCAACAAAAAUUUCCGUCAUUUAUCAUGAUUGACAUAUAUGAAUAUGGAAAACUGCAGCUUCAACAUCCAAACAUGGACAUCCACAAGGAAGGCAAAUACCUAAUGUUAGGCGUCCAAGAACUUGUUUCGGGUGAUCAAUGCGAAGGGAGAUUCGUUUUUGGCCGAGAAAGCAAAAAACCGAGAGAUUCUAAUACCGAUAAAGACAGGUUUACAAAAGAUGGAACUAACCCUAAGAGCUUACUUCAGACACUCUUAAUGCGAGCAGGUCACUCGCCUCCCAAAUACAAAACGAAGCAUCUUAAAACAAACGAAUUUAGGGCAUUGGCCGAAUUUAAAGGCAUGCAGUUUGUGGGAAAACCGAAGAAAAAUAAAACCCUAGCUGAGAAAGAUGCUGCUAUAGAAGCAUUGGCCUGGUUGACUCGCACGUCUGAGAAUAAUCAUCAUCUAGAUGAAGAUGACAAUUCUACCCCUGAUGUAACCGACAAUAUGCUCAAACUUCUUGGCAGGCGGAGAAAGUCGAAACGGUACCCACGCUAAAAAAGUAGUGGUGGUUAAUUACUCGAGAUAUAGAUUUAAUCUUUUUUAUUGAGAAUAAAUAAUAGUUAAUCCACUCACCUCAGGCUGGUUUGCUUGAUCAAAUUUUGAUAGAACUAAUUAAUUAUUAGGAGAGUUUUUAUUUGAACUAUGAAUUAUAUGUCGAACGCAACAUACAUAUCUUUAAAAUAUAUUUGUAAAUAUUUGUGUUUCGGAACAUUAUAAUAUAUCAAUGUCGUUCGCGUCUUUUGAAA